AUGGGCUCGAACGAAGGGCGCAGACAGAGGCGACCAGAGCCCGACCCCGGCCAGCCUCCGCGGUGCAAACCCUCCUCCCCCUCGCCCUCGCUCCCCCGCACCCCCUCUCCCCGCCUCUCCCGCCUCUCCUCGCCGUCCGCCCCACCUCCCCCCCCACCUCCCCCGCCCACUCCGGGCCAAGCGCCGACCCGCGCCACCGCCCGACCCGCACACAUCCUUUUACUCAAGCGCCCUUAUGUCGCCUUCCUUCGUCCCCACAUCUCGUCAAACAACCCACUCCCCUCCUCGCCGUCUCCUCCAGAGCCCCCCCACUCACUCAGACGCCCGGCCCGUGCUUGCAGCCCCGGCCCUUCCAAGACCAUUCGAUGA